AUCCGCGGCCUCGAGGAAUUUUCUCUCACGGUUCAUCGAAAGGGGGCGGGGCCAACCAGAGCAACGGCUGCUCAAGCGCAGGUGGCCAACCCACUCCGACCGAUAAGCUUACUGGACUUAGGAGGGGGCGUGCCCCGCUGGCUGCGAGUGCCCGUGAUAGGCUGAACCCAGAGAGAAAAGGGGGAGGCCCGCAACUAACCGGCCUGCUUGACAGUUGGUCAACCCGAAAGUUUGAUUGGGGGAGGUGCGUCCUCGUCAUGUUCCACGCCGCGAUUGGUUCCCGGUCGCGAGGAAGGGGCGUGUCCCCUCCGGCUGCUGCGGGUCUGGAUGGCGGGUGAGGGAGGCUCGGGGUUCCUGUAUCGCGAGGCGGUAGUCUCGCGAGGCGGCGCGGGCGGGAUUUGGCGGUGGCUGAGGCUGCUGCCUGCUUGCCUCCCUCCCACCCUCCCAACGAGGAGCUGGUGGUGUUUGUGUGGAAGGGGGAGGAGGAGACGGCGGCGAAGGAGGAAGAAGGGAAGUCAGAGGAGCCCGCGUCCCACCGGCGGCGGGCAGGAGAGGGGACCCGAGGCGGAGGCCCACCGCUAGACUUGGGCCCGUUGGUGGUGGUGCCGCUGCCGCCGGCGGCAGCUCCCCGCUACCCCACCAUGGCUUCAGGAGAUACCUUGUACAUCGCCACGGACGGCUCGGAGAUGCCGGCCGAGAUCGUGGAGCUGCACGAGAUCGAGGUGGAGACCAUCCCGGUGGAGACUAUCGAGACCACCGUGGUGGGCGGCGAGGACGACGAGGACGACGACGAGGACGACUGCUGUGAAGACUGCGGCCCUCACCACCCGCCCCACCGCCACCACCAUCAUCAUCAUCACCACCACCACCACCCGCCCAUGAUCGCCCUGCAGCCGCUGGUCACCGACGGGGACCCCAGCGGCGGCGGAGUCGGGGCCGGCGGCGGCCAGCUCCAUCUGCACCACCACCCGCACCACCAGGAGGUGAUUCUGGUCCAGACCCGCGAGGAGGUGGUCGGAGGCGACGACUCGGAUGGCUUGCGGGCGGACGACGGCUUCGAGGACCAGAUCCUCAUCCCGGUGCCGGCUCCGGCCGGCGAGGACGAGUACAUCGAGCAGACUCUGGUCACCGUCACGCCCGCCGGCAGCAAGGGCGGCUCGGGCGGCGGCUCUUCCUCAGGGGGCGGCCGGGUGAAGAAAGGGGGCGGCAGCGGUAAGAAGAGCAGCAAGAAGAGCUACCUGACGGGAGGCAGCGUCGGCGGGGCCGAAGGGGGCGGCGGCGCCAGGAAAUGGGAGCAGAAGCAGGUGCAGAUCAAGACCCUGGAGGGGGAGUUCUCGGUCACCAUGUGGGCUUCGGGUAAGUGGAGCGGCCGGGCCGGGGCCGGUACCUUGCGGCGGGAACCGGGGAGGGUCCGGGGAGCUUCGAGCGGGGCCGGGCGGGCUCUUCUCCCCGUUUUGUUUUGAAGGGAGGCCAUGUUUGGAUGUGUGUGAUGGGCGCCGCCAUGUUCAUCUCGCCAGGGCAAGUAUGGCGGCUUCCCCCGAAAAGAUGGCGGGGUCUGCGCUGCUCCUGCCUGAUUGCCCGGCUCCCUCCGGCGGGGGGGAAAAGGGAAAGAAAGAUGGCGGCGGCCCCGCCAAGAUGGCGGCCGCGUGAGAGAGAGAGGGGAGGGGCGGCCUCGCGCGCUUCCUCUCCCUCCUUCCCUCCCUCCCUCGCUGACUGACUCUUGGACUAGGCCGCAAUGGCG